AAAAUUGUGUUGUUGAGAAUGGCCGGAGAGAAUGGCAAUGUGAUAGAGCACAAGGCGUAUGCCAGGGUGGGAUUACUGGGAAAUCCUAGCGAUGUUUAUUAUGGGCGAACCAUUUCUUUCAGCCUUGGCACCUUCUGGGCUUCAGUGCGUUUGCAACCUUCUAAAGAGCUUGUUAUUGUGCCACACCCUACUCAUGAUUUGGUCCAAUUUGAGUCCCUCUCUCACAUGGUGAAUCGGUUGCAAGCUGAAGGGUAUUAUGGAGGGGUUCGUUUGCUUAUGGCCAUAUGCAAAGUUUUUCACAACUACUGCAGGGAUGAGAAUAUCAGUUUACGCGAAGGAAAUUUUACCCUGUCAUAUGAUACCAAUAUACCUCGCCAGACAGGGCUAUCGGGGUCUAGUGCCAUCGUCUGUGCUGCUCUUAGCUUUUUGGAUUUCUAUAACGUGAGGCAUUUGAUUAAGGUUGAGGUUAGGCCCAACCUUAUUCUUAAUGCCGAGAAGGAACUUGGCAUUGUUGCUGGUCUCCAGGACAGGGUGGCACAGGUGUAUGGGGGGCUUGUUUACAUGGAUUUCAGCAAAAAGUACAUGGAAGAAUUGGGGCAUGGAAAUUAUACGCCUAUGGAUAUUACUAUUCUUCCACCUCUUUAUCUUGUCUAUGCCGAGAAUCCGAGUGAUUCUGGAAAGGUGCACAGUACAGUUAGGCAGAGAUGGUUAGAUGGUGAUGAGUUCAUCAUAUCGUCAAUGGAUGAGGUAGCUAAUAUUGCUUUGGAAGGGAGGGCUGCAUUGCUUGCAAAGGACUAUGGCAAGUUGGUGACUCUCAUGAACCGUAAUUUUGAUCUGCGAAGGAGCAUGUUUGGUGACAAUGCACUUGGUGCUCUUAAUAUUAAGAUGAUUGAAGUGGCACGAAGGGUUGGUGCUGCAUCAAAAUUCACUGGGAGUGGAGGUGCUGCCGUGGUUUUCUGUCCUGACGGACCUUCACAAGUAGAGCUUCUGGAGGAUGCAUAUCACAAGGCUGGUUUUGUCAUUGAACCGGUUAAGGUUAUUCCUUCUCUUUUAAAUGAUAUCGAUCUCAAGUCUAUAUCUUCAAAAUAAACCUGCAGAAGUAGGGAUGUUACUUUCCAUUAUGUUCCAUAAAAGCUUAUACAGCCCAGAGCAAGCUGGGAUUUUUCCAGUUUCUAGUGAACAUUUAUACGUCUUUGAAUCUCUGUCUGUUGCCAUUGUCGAAAAAGGAAAAACAUAUCUUAUCUUGGGGAAAUCUGGAUUACUAUUCUAAAUUUCUAAGUGCUCUGUAUUUUGGCAAA